AUGGCUUUCAACGUGAAAUCGUCCAAGCGUGAGCAGAUCACCGUUUUGGAGCCUGAGUCGCUUCCAUUCAAGUACCUUUACUUGAGAAACAUUGACAUUCCCGUGAGAGACGGAGCUAUUUUGAAGGGACACCUAUGGAUUCCUAAAGAUGCUUGGGAAGGUGAUCUCAAAGUCGGCACUUUGGUGGAAUACAUUCCAUACCGAACGGACGUGACUAUCCAGAGAGACUCUAUCAGACACCCUUACUAUGCUGGAAACGGAUUGGCCUCGUUGAGAAUUGAUAUGCGUGGAUCGGCUAGUUCCGACGGAGUGUUAACUGACGAGUAUCUCAAGCUGGAGCAGGACGACGCUUUGGACGCCUUUGACUACAUUGUUAAACAGAAGUGGUCCAAUGGUAAAAUAGGCAUGUUUGGAAAGUCCUGGGGUGGUUUUAACGGUCUUCAGGUGGCUGCAAGAAGACACCCUGCUUUAAAAGCCGUUAUCUCAUUGAUGUCAACCGACGAUAGAUACUCCGACGACGUCCAUUACCGCGGAGGGUGUGUGUUUGCCUCAAACAUGCUCUGGUGGGGGUCUACUAUGGCCGCCUAUGCUCCACGUCCUCAGGACCCUCGGGUCGUUGGCGAUAGCUGGAAAGAGAAUUGGAAGCAGAGAAUCGAGGUGGCUCCAAUGGUGAAACAUUGGCUCGAACACCAAACCAGAGACGAGUACUGGAAACACGGCUCUAUUUGUGAAGACUAUAACCAGGUGGAUAUUCCCGUGAUGUUGAUUGGUGGAUGGAAAGACGGGUACACCACUCCUGUCUUCCGUAUGGUUGACAAGCUUCCUCAUCCACAGUCGUGUGGUAUUGUUGGUCCUUGGGUCCAUGAGUACCCGGAAAUGGCCACUCCUGGUCCGAAGAUCGGCUACCAACAAUUAUCUCUGAAAUGGUUCAAGAAAUGGUUGCAUGAUGAAGGAGAGAUCGAGUUGCCACGGAUGACCGCCUACAUGCAAGACCCAGUUGGAAUCGAGGACUCCUACGACUACAGAAACGGCCACUGGGUGUCCACUAAUGACGUCAAGUUCAAGAAAGGCAUGGAGCUGUCUUUGGGUGCAAAUAAUGAGUUGGUUGUCGCAGCUCCGGCAGAGAUCAACUACUCCUUUAGCGGAGUCGAAUCUCACGGUCUAUUCAGAGGAACAUGGUGUCCAUUUGGGUACCCUGGGGACUUCCCGUCAGACCAAAAGUCCGAAGACGCUAGAUGUCUGUGUUUCGACACCGAGGAGCUUACAGAGUCACUGGAGCUUCUGGGCGAGCCUAAAUUGACCGUCACCCUGUCUUCCGACAAGAAAUUGGCCAACUUGAGCGCCAGACUUGUUGAUCUGUAUCCUGGAAAAGAGAACGUUCUGCUUUCGUGGGGACAAUUGAACUUGACCCACCACAAGUCGCACGAACACCCUGAGUACUUGCAAGUCGGCGAAAAGUACACCAUCGAGCUCAACUUGGACGUUGUCGGAGUCAAGAUCGAAAAAGGCCACAAGCUGAGACUUGCGCUGUCCUCCGUGGACUGGCCACAGGCUUGGCCAAGUCCAGAAACUCCAACGUUGACUCUCACAGGUGGAAAAUUGUGGCUUCCACAGGUUGACGAAGCGGCAGUCGUCCAAUCACCAGACUUUGGCACUCCUUCCAUUGUCCGCAAGAUCAAGACCCAAGUCGACAAACCAGACUCCAGAACCAAGACCAUCACGUACGAUUGCACCACGUACGAGUGGAUCAUAAAAGAUAUUGCAGACGACGGGGAAGUCACUCUUCCAGAGUUCAACGAGCUUUCGGGAAUCUAUAACGGCGCGUGCAAUGUCAACACCUGGAAGAUCAAGGAGAAUGACCCAUUGUCGGCAUACAACGAGUGUCAGUACGACUAUUGGAUGGGCAGAAAGGAGGACAAUUGGAACGUCAGAAUGGAUACUAGGGCCACUAUGACCUCCGAUAAGGACAAUUUCUAUCUGCACAACAAGAUCGUUGCUUACGACAACGACGAGAUAUUUGUCGAGAAGGAGUGGACCGACACCAUCAAAAGGGUUUAUAAUUAG